UGUGGAGUUUGCAUGUUCUCCCCGUGUUCAUGUGGCUUUUCUCCAGGUGCUUUGGUUUCCAAAGGCAUGCAGUGAAUUGGAUUUGUUUUUGAGAUCUGAGGGAUUUUCUUGGGAAUUUCUUCAUUGCCAUGGAUAAUGAUGAUCAAUUCCUAAUAUUUAAGAUUUUCAUGCCUAUCGUAUCCUUCGGGAUGCUGUCCAUCUGCUGUGCUGGUUUCUGUAAAAUGUUCCAGCGGUUUCGUAAGGAGCGUAUAGAGCGCCUCCAGGCUCAAGCUCGACAUAUGGAUAGGCCGUCCGUGUACGUCAUUCCCAUCACUCUGUCUGAGGAUGACCUGCACAGGCCCCCGCGCUACAGCACCGUCCAGUUUUGUGAGGCUCCACCGUCUUAUAAUGAGUUAAACCUGAAGCCUGAAGUGUCUCCUCUGGAACCUCCCCCUGAUUAUACAGAGUCCAUCUUUUCUUCAGCCUCAUAUUCAUGAUUUAUCAUCAGAAUAAAAAUCCAGUGAGAGUUUUCCAAAGCACUUGGACUGGUUUCAAGAAAAAUAUGGACAACAUGGUAUCCUCGUGGUUUUCCAAGGACUGCUAUUCAUGCUGGCUAUGCAAAGGUUGAAAUCAUGACAAAGAAACCUCACAGUUACGGAACCCUCUCAUAACAUUAGCACCCUUAGUAAAUAUAAGCAAAGAAAAUACUUUUUGUUUCAUAUUUUGGAUCUUUUGCUCAAAAUAUUAAGCAAAAAAUGAAGAUGCUUGAUUUUGGAUAACAGUAAGAGUUUUUUUUUUUUUUUUUAAACCCUUUCAGAGAGUUUGUGGUGAUUUUGGUGAGGUCGGCUUGUAGUUUUGAAGACUUUCUGACUCUAAGAUAUCUGCAGUUCUCCAGUCAAGAUUCUUGGAAGAUUUUUCUGCAUGCAGUGCGUUUGAACAAAAAACAUGUUUACUUUCAGCCAAUUCGUAACACUUUCAAAUUACGUUGAGUUUGUUAAUUAUUGCCAUAAUGAUGAAAAGGGAGUUUUUCUGUAUUUUGCUAUUUUCUUUUAGCCACUUUUUACCCAUUUUGUGAAGCUCAACAAC